GUCCCUGUGCUAGACCUGUCUCCAGGAGCUUCUGGAGCGUCAUCCCGGGGAAUGGCACGGUGAGGCUGCACAGCGGCGCGUCGGAGGCCUUAAAGGCACCUGGAAGACUUGGGGAUGCAGAACCCCUCAGAGCCUCUCCAAACCGUGUGGCUGGAUACUAAGCUCCCCUUGGUGGAGGGGUGAAGGACGAGGUGUCAUCUUAACUAUGUCGGUGAGCCAGCCCCAGUCAGGAAGAGGUGUGCCUUGUUUACGCUGCCGAGGGACGUGCACGGGCUUCGAGCCACAUUCUUGGAGGAAAAUAUGCAAGUCAUGCAAGUGCAGCCAGGAGGAUCACAGCCUGAGCUCAGACAUGGAGGACGAUCGGAAAAUUGGGCGCCUGCUGUCGGACUCCAAGUAUGCCACGCUCACUGCCCGGGUGAAAGGAGGUGACGGUGUUCGCAUUUACAAAAGGAACCGCAUGAUCAUCACCAACCCCAUCGUCUCUCGGAAAGACCCCACGUUCGACACCAUCACGUAUGAGUGGGCUCCCCCGGGGCUCACCCAGAAGCUGGCCAUGCAGUACAUGGAGCUGAUCCCGAAGGAGAUGCAGCCGGUGGCGGGGACGGACGGGGCAUACUAUCGCCGGCGGCAGCUGAUGAGACAACUCCCGCUGUACGACCAGGACCCGUCCCAGUGCCGCGGCCUCGCCGAGGGCGAGCUGAAGCUGAUGGAAGACUUUGUGAAGAAGUACAAAGCCGAGGCGCUGGGUGUUGGGGAGGUGGCGCUGCCAGGCCAGGGCGGCGGCGGGAAGGAGGAGGGGAAGCCGCAGGACAAGAGCAUCGCUGCUGGCAAACCCCCCGAGUCCACCAACGGGGCCCUGGAGCGCGCGCCCACGGGAGGGCACUACCACUGCGAGACCUGCAAGCAGGCGGUGCCGGGGGACUGCCCGGUGGUGUACGCCGACAGGGCGGGCUACUCCCGGCAGUGGCACCCGGCGUGCUUCGUGUGCUGCCGCUGCUCCGAGCCCCUCGUCGACCUCAUCUACUUCUGGAAGAGCGGGGCUGCCUGGUGCGGGCGCCACUACUGCGAGAGCCUCCGGCCACGCUGCGCCGGCUGCGACGAGAUCAUCUUCUCUGAGGACUACCAGCAGGCAGAAGGGAUGGCCUGGCACAAGAAGCACUUUGCCUGCCUGGAGUGCGAGACGCUGCUGACCGGCAAACCCUUCACUCUGGACAACACCAGCCUCCUGUGCACGACCUGCAGCAAGAGCAAACGCCUCUGAGCGGGGAGCAGCCGGGGGCGAAGCAGGCUCCCCGAGGCCCCUCCAGAACUGGGGUCAUUUGACAAGUACACGAGAAGGGGAAGGUUAAAAAAAAAUUAGAGCCUGGCUAUUCACUUGCAAGCAACUAAGUGCCCCCUUGCAUCCCAUACAGCUUGCAGGAGAGUAUUUCCUUGGGGAGGAAGCAAAGGAAAUUCGUACGCCUGCGGGUGGGAGGUACAUGGCCUAUCUGACUAGGAGGGACUGAAAAGGAGCUUCUGUGUUGUGCUGUUUUCAUAAAGUCCCUCCGAGCUUCUUGUGACUAAAAUCUUGCAAUAGUCAUUUGGAAAUAACACAUCUCAAAAGUAACUUUUGGCAUACUAAACCUAUGGUCAUGGUCAAAAACAAGGGUUGUUCCUGUUUUUUGAAAUCCAUACUGGAAGUUUACGCUAACAGGCUGCUGACAGCUGUGCUAAAGCAAUGGGUUUGGAGAAUUUGCUUAACCAGGGUGAUUGCUUUCUGAAAGCAAACCAUAUAAAAUUGCAGCAACAUGUAGCUGUAGCUUUCUCCUCCUAAGUGUACAGUAAUGUAAAAAUAACGAGUUGGGACAUGGUGAUUGGUUUAACCCUGGCGAGAUGGGAAGGGCGUAGUUCUGCCCCGGGGCAGCCGACUGGCUCAACCCAUGUGCGCUUCAGCCCCGAAACUGGAAUGCAACAGCAUUCCCAGCAGAUCCCACCGGCCGGCCUCCCUGGCUGCCCGCCUGCCUCUGCCUGCCCUUCCAGGCCAGCCUGCUUCCCCAGGGCAGCACUGUGUUCCCACCCAGAGGUCGCUCAGCUUUUAAAGCAUGGCCUUUUAUUUCAGCUGGGUUUGACCAGGAAUCUUAUGGAAAACAGCUUUCCAGCCUAAGCUGUCUUGGGGCGGGGGGGUUGUGCCUGAAAUGCUGCAAUGCCAGUUUUUCCCUGUAAUGCCUCAGUGCCCCCCUCCAAGAAGCGGGGAACCGUACCUUCCCGUCGGAGCCGGCAGCCCCCUGUCCCUGGGCUCUGCCCCGCUCCUUGUUCCGCAUCUCCCCCGUCCCUAGGGGAGGUCCCUGUUGCCUCUUGGAUCUGAUAAGGGUGACAACAUCCCAGGAUUCAGCACUGAGUCUGCAGAUAGUAUUUGUUCCUUAAGUUGUGCGAUGCUUCGGUAGUCACUGAAAAUAUCUGGUAGUCCAGGCUGGUAGAUGUCUGUGUGCUCAGUCUUUUUUCUUAUAUUAAAUGUGUACAUUAUUUGCCGGAGAACUGGAAUAUUUUUUGCAGAGGUGAGUGUGCAAGGAGCUCACAAUUGCUGGGUUUUCUUUCUGCUACAGAAGACGCUGGUUUCUCGGUAAAGCACGCUCCACGCUGUGGGUGUUUGCUUGCUUGUGAUAAAACAACUUGCAAAUGAGAGUUGGGGGAAGCUGUACCUGCUGCGGGGUUAGAGCACGCGUGUCGGGGCCGGACUCUGCCCGUCUGCGUGUCGGGGGACGCCCCGCUCCGCUGCUGGGGAGCAGCAGGCUGAGUCCGUCGCCGCCUUUGAGUAGGUGAGACUGAUGUGGUGUAAAGAUGUACCUCUGCGUGGGGGGGGGCGAGUGCCUCUCGCGCUUUGUCCGGCCCUGUGCUGGUGUGUGGUUGAUACUCCUGGAAAGGCCGGGCUGUUUAAAGAGAGCAGAUGAAAAGCUUUCUGCAGAGUGGGGAGAUCUGGAGGUGGCGGAGGCAGCUGUAGCCGUGGGGGUGAUGGACGUGUGUUGCAGGGUAUCGCGGUGCACGUGCUCCUGGGGCUGUUUGUCCAUCUCGGGUUAGUGGUGGAUGUGUUGGGUGCCCGGGGACGUCGCUCCUCUAAACUCAGUUGGAUGCUGCAAGUGGAGGGAGGGUGUGUAAACCUGAAGUUGUGUGAGGAAUAAUAAAGCUCCCUUGGAUACGGGCACUUUGGUUAUAAGUAAAGUGGGAAUGAAAAAUAAAGCCCAGUGCUUAGCUUUAC